UACGAGUGAGCCGCUGUUGUUGUCAGUACGUUUCGUCGCCCGCCGUGAGGGACGGGAAACGUGAGCGUAGUCCGUUGGGCGCGCGGUCCUCGGAACCCAAAGGAAAGCGGCGCGAGACACGAAACGCAGAGCCGUCAGCUGGUCUGCUUUAGUGCCGGGUUGGUGCCUCUUCGCUGAAGAGGCCGGUCUGCAGACCUCUGCCGGUGUGGUUGUAGAGGGCGAACGCUGAAGAGGAACCGCCGCUUUCCAUGCAGGGAGCGGCGGGCGGGAAGUCGAGGCCGCGCAGAAGGAAAGGCUGCCGCCGUCACCAGUACCGAGAGAAAUAACAGUGGAAGAAUGUGAAACUGGUCUUGGAACUGGAUAUGGAAAUAUCAGCAGAUGAAUCUUCUAAAAAUAUGAAGAAAUGUUGGAACUUGAUGAUCAAAGCAUAACUAAGAUGUUACCUUUGAGAAGGGCAUUGCCAAGGUGCAUUUGGCAGCGAAGAUGAGUUGUGCAUCAAUUUCAAAAACCCUUAUAUGAGAAGACGCAAGUUUCAGAAAGUGUUGGCAUUACUACUUGGAGCAGUAUGGCAGGUUUUAAACGAGGAUAUGAUGGAAAAAUUGCUGGAUUGUAUGAUUUGGAUAAAACCCUAGGCAGAGGGCAUUUUGCCGUGGUAAAGCUUGCCCGACAUGUAUUUACAGGUGAAAAAGUGGCAGUAAAAGUAAUUGACAAGACCAAGCUAGAUACUCUAGCCACAGGACAUCUUUUCCAAGAAGUCAGAUGCAUGAAACUAGUGCAACACCCCAAUAUUGUUCGCCUGUAUGAAGUUAUUGACACCCAGACCAAACUUUAUCUGAUCUUAGAACUUGGUGAUGGAGGAGAUAUGUUUGAUUACAUCAUGAAACAUGAAGAAGGUCUUAAUGAAGAUCUGGCAAAGAAGUAUUUUGCUCAGAUUGUUCAUGCUAUAUCCUACUGCCAUAAACUGCAUGUCGUUCACAGAGACUUAAAACCAGAAAACGUUGUCUUCUUUGAAAAACAAGGACUUGUUAAAUUGACUGAUUUUGGAUUUAGCAACAAAUUUCAGCCUGGAAAAAAACUCACAACAAGCUGUGGAUCUCUUGCGUAUUCUGCUCCUGAAAUUCUACUUGGAGAUGAAUAUGAUGCACCUGCAGUAGAUAUAUGGAGCCUGGGAGUUAUUCUUUACAUGUUGGUAUGUGGACAACCACCUUUUCAAGAAGCGAAUGAUAGUGAAACUUUGACCAUGAUAAUGGAUUGUAAAUACACAGUACCAUCUCGGGUGUCCAAAGAAUGUAAAGAUUUAAUUACACGAAUGUUGCAAAGAGACCCCAAACGAAGGGCAUCUUUGGAAGAAAUUGAAAAUCACCCUUGGCUACAAGGAGUCGAUCCAUCACCUGCAACAAAAUACAAUAUUCCUUUGGUUUCAUAUAAAAAUCUUUCAGAAGAAGAGCACAAUAGCAUCAUACAGCGCAUGGUUCUUGGAGACAUUGCAGAUCGAGAUACUAUUGUAGAGGCUCUGGAAACUAACAAAUACAAUCACAUCACUGCUACCUACUUUUUACUAGCAGAGCGGAUUUUAAGAGAGAAACAAGAGAAAGAAAUACAAACCAGAUCGGCAAGCCCAAGCAAUAUAAAAGCGCAAUUUAGGCAAUCUUGGCCAACAAAGAUUGAUGUUCCUCAAGAUUUAGAUGAUGACCUUACAGCUUCUCCUUUGUCCCAUGGAGCUGUUCCUCAGUCUCCAGCUCGUACUGCUGAAAAUGUUCUUAAUGGACACAGAAGUAAGGCACUUAAUGAUUCAGCCAAGAAAGAGGAUAUUCCUGAAUUAGCUGGACCAACACUUUCGGUUGUUCCCUCAGUAAAUUUAAAACCUACAACUAGUAGUCGGAAGUGCUUGUUUAGAGUGGAAGAAGAUGAAGAGGAGGAUGAAGAAGAUAAAAAAACUGUUUCCCUGUCAAAUCAAGUUGUUCUGCGCCGUAAGCCUUCUGUUACAAAUCGUCUUACUUCCCGGAAAAGUGCCCCAGUCCUUAAUCAGAUUUUUGAGGAAGGGGAAUCUGAUGAUGAAUUUGAUAUGGAUGAGAAUUUGCCUCCAAAACUUAGUCGGCUAAAAAUGAAUAUUGCUUCACCCAGCACUGUGCAUAAACGUUACCACAGAAGGAAAAGUCAGGGUCGUGGAUCCAGUUGCAGUAGCUCAGAAACAAGUGAUGAUGACUCAGAAAGUAGGCGACGUCUAGAUAAAGACAGUGGGUUUACUUACUCCUGGCAUAGAAGAGAUAGUAGUGAAGGUCCUCCUGGCAAUCAGGGAGAUGGAAGUGGACAAGGAAAACCAAGCAAUGGAAAUGGGGGGGUUGACAAAACAAAUCCUGGUGAUAAUCAUAAAGAGGGUGGAAGUCCUUCCAGUAGCUCUAGUGGAAGCACGAAUAACAAUUCAGGUUCCACUCGCAGAUGUGCAGGAUCUGCUAAUUCGGUGCAGUUGUCAUCAAGAAGUGCGGGUGAUCUGGUUGAAAGCCUCAAGUUGAUGAGCAUCUGUUUAGGUUCUCAGAUUCACAGUAGCACUAAGUACAUAAUUGAUCCCCAAAACACCAUUUCAUUUUCCAGUGUUAAGGUGCAGGAGAAAUCAACAUGGAAAAUGUGCAUAAGUUCUGGGAGUGUAAAUCCAGUUUCAUCCUUGGGCAGCAUAAAAUUGUUUUCUGACCAAAUGUCAGAUGCGGCAAGUGAGUUAGAACGAAUAAAGAACAAGAACUUGAAAAAUAAUGUGCUACAACUACCUCUAUGUGAAAAAACAAUAUCUGUGAAUAUUCAGCGAAACCCGAAGGAGGGACUGUUAUGUACAUCAGGUCAGACAACUUGCUGUCAUGUUGUUUGACAAUAAUCAAAUUUAACCCAUUCUACUUGACAUCACCAAUCUUCCUGUUCAGAGCUGUGAAUACUUUAUUUCACUGAACCUUUUGUUGUCUUUGUCUUAAUAUUUUAACAUAGGCUUUAAGCAGUAAUUUAUUACAUUUUAAUUUAGUUUUUGCUUGUUAUGACAAUGCAUGAUACUGUGCAUGCUGCUAGUCAGUAAUUUCUUUUGUUCUAAACAAACCAGGAUUUGUGUAACUUUUUACCUUUAUAAUUUUACUAUAGAAAAUCUGGAUUACAGUAAGGCUUGUGUCCAAAUCCAGUAUAAAUUAAGCACUUAGUAGUUUCACAUUCUGCACUUAAAUUAGAAAUAGAGCUUUUGUUUCUUCGUAAGAUGUCAAAUCUUGUUCGGAUCUUCUGUGUUACUUAAAAUAUGUGAGAUGUGGCAUAAUUCUCUGUGUUUGCAACAGAACCAAAGCAAUAAUAUUUUGAUACUGAAAUCUCUUCUGGAGUUUUCAGAAUUUCAAGGCUUGUACAAAGCAAAAGUGCACUGAAAAGUUAUCUUGAACUCUUGAUUUUUAAUCCCACAUCUUUGUCUUAAAUAAUAUGCAUGAGUGGUGGCUGAAAUGAAGAUCUUGAUUUGAUAUAGACAAGAUUUUAAAAAGAAAUCUCUAAGGCAGCUUUCCCCAUUAUUAAAUGCAGACAAUCUUUUUUUUAAAAAAAUUUAUCUAGCGAAGGAACACUGUAAUUUGUUUAAGAGGGUUUUUUUUCCCCCAUCCAAGGGAAACCAUUCAUUACUGGUAUAUAUAAUCAGUUGUAAAGUAUUGUGCAAAAUAUUUAAAAUGGACCAAUUUGUGGUAGUUGAGAUCUAUUCCAAUAAAUUAAUUCAUAUACAGUAACUGUUGAUAAAGAUAUUGAAAAAACAAAGUUUGUUUCUUCCAAAUCUACUUUCCACUGUGCCCUUUAAUAUUUUCAAUUUUAAUAGAAGCUUCACAAAGUGCUGAUUACUUUACAGAUGUGAUAAAGUACUUUGAGCAUGCAGAUAAAUGAGGCAAGAUAGGUAAUUGUCACUUUUGUAUAGUGUUAAGUAUAUCAAAAGUGGCUCAAAAUACCUAAAUACAUACAGUCAUUUCAGCCAGACACUUUAAAGGAGAGUAGAAGCAGUUGCUGGAAUUUGAAUAAAAGAGCCUGUUCAGAUUAUCAGCGAGCCUAAUUGGACUACUUUAAUAUGGUAUAUCCCAAGUCCACUCCAUGGAUCUCAAAAUGCACCAUGGAAUAUAUUACUGGAAAACAAAUUAUUUUAAUUGGACAUUUAGGGAUGUGACAUUUAAUUUGCUUUAAUAAUUCUCUCUCCAAAUCAAGUCAAUAACACAAGUUGGCAUGGAGCAAUUUUCUUUCAUUCUUGACUGUAUUUGCUUU